AUGACUGGCAAAAAACGUAAUCUUACAUCACCUGAGAAUCAAGUUAAUAAACAAUCAAAAAUGUCUUCAUCACCGCAAUUCGAUACGACUUCGAUCACAACGGUUGCAUCGGAUGUAAUUGGUUUACAAUUACAGCAGUCUUUGUUAUCUUCAAAUUUUAUUAAUGAAAUGACAAAGAUGAUAAUAACAUCAAAGUCGUUUACUGACGCAAUUGGAGGUAUUAUAGAAAAUCAAUUGAAACAAUACGUGAAUCAUAUCGAACAAUUAGAAGCGGAAUUAAAACAAACAAAUGCUCGUGCAGUCAAAUUUCAAUCGAAAUUAGAUGUUUUAGAUCAAUAUUCAAAGCGGCGUGAUUUAAUAAUACAUGGUAUUCUUCUAACACAGGGAGAAAAUACAUCACAAGUUGUAUUAGAUUUGGCCAAAUCAGUUGGUGUUAAUUUGGAUAUUAAAGAUCUAUAUGCAACUCAUCGCCUACGAUCACAUAGUAAACAACAACAUUCACCCAUUAUUGUGGCUUUUGUACGUUACUCAGAUAGGCAGCAAUUAUAUUCAAAACGUAGAGAUCUGGGCAAAGGUACUAAUAAACACGUUUUUAUAAACGAGCAUUUAUCCUCGUUGAAUCAUCAAUUGUUUACUUAUGCUCGUCGUCAUCUGGAUAAAAAGAAAGUGUUCACACGGAAUGGGAGCGUAAUGCUGUAUCAAGGUCAAGGUAAUAAUUUACAUUUGUCAUCGUUCGAUGUAGUCAAUCGUCUUAAACAGUCUUAG